CAGUUAAUGAAGACAAAAAACCUGUUCAGUGUUUAAUGUGUUUGAAAGAAUUUAAAAAAAAAAAAUAUUUAAUGAGACAUAUGAAAAUUCAUACCAGAGAGAAACAAUAUCAAUGUUCAGAGUGUCUGAAAGAGUUUUCAGUCAAAUCUUAUUUAGUACAGCACAUGAGAAUUCAUUGUAGAGAGAAACUAUAUAAAUGUUCAGUGUGUCUAAAAGAGUUUUCCGUAAAUCUCAUUUAGUGCAGCACAUUAGAAUUCAUACUGAAGAGAAACCAUAUCAGUGUUUGGAGUGUCUAAAAGAAUUUUCACAAAAAUCAAAUUUAGUAAAGCACAUGAGAAUUCAUUCUGGAGAGAAACCAUAUCAAUGUUCAGAGUGUCUAAAAGAAUUUUUACAAAAAUCUAAUUUAGUACAGCACAUGAGAAUUCAUACUGGAGAAAAACCACAUCAAUGUUCAGAGUGUGUAAAUGAUUUCUCAGGUAAAUCCAGUUUAGUACAACACAUGAGAAUUCAUACUGCAGAGAAACCAUAUCAAUGUUCAGAGUGUCUAAAAGAAUUUUCACAAAAAUCUAAUUUAGUACAGCACAUGAGAAUUCAUACUGGAGAAAAACCACAUCAAUGUUCAGAGUGUCUGAGCGAGUUUUCACAAAAAUCUAGUUUAGCACUGCACAUGAGAAUUCAUACUGGAGAGAGACCACAUCAAUGUUCAGUGUGUCUAAAGGAAUUUUCAGGUAAAUCUACUUUAGUAAAACACAUGAGAAUUCAUACUGGAGAGAAACCAUAUCAUUGUUCAGAAUGUCUAAAAGAGUUUUCUGUGAAAUAUCAAUUAGUACAACACAUGAGAAAUCAUACUGGAGAGAAACCACAUCAAUGUUUAGAGUGUCUAAAAAAAUUUUCAUAUAAAUCUAAUUUAGUAAAACACAUGAGAAUUCAUACUGGGGAGAAGCCAUAUCAAUGUUCAGAUUGUUUAAAACAUUUUUCAGAAAAAUCUAGUUUAGUAAAACACCUGAGACUUCAUACUAUUUAGAAAUUAUUUGAGUGUUCAAUAGCUAAAAGUUUUCUCUCAAAAGCUAAAUUAAUUUUUAACAAACAUGAAGCCACAUGGAGGAAAUGUUGUCAGUGGACAGUGUGACCAGAACUCAUUAUGAUAUUUGAUAGCAACAUGUAUGAUAAUUAUUUGGUGAUAAAACUGAGUCUAUCUUUCAAGUGUCUAGCUCGAUCGCUAGCGCACUCAGCUCACACAUUGAGGUCUGGAGUUCUGAUCUCCUUUGGUACAGCUGGAAAAUGUUAGGGACAUGUUUCCAUAAGACACCUGCUGUCCUUGUUCACCUAUCAGUGUAAAAUGGGUACCUGGGUGUUAGUUGACUGGUGUGGGUCGCAUCCUGGGACAAAACUGACCUAAUAUGCCUGAAAUGCU